CAGUCAAGGCCAGGACACUGACCGAGACAAUCCAGCUGCUAUUUUGCGAAGUGGGCGUGUAGGCGUACGUUAUAGCCUACGUCGUACGUCAAGUGUUGGCGCGACGUGGGUCUUUUAAAAUUCGCGCAGAAAUCGUUCUUGUGUGCCGAUAAUCACAAGAGGAACGAUAAUGGAUACCGACAUAUGGGCUUAUGGAUACGCGAUCAUCGUGGCAUUAGGAGGUGUCAUAGGCUACGUGAAAGCUGGUAGCGUCACAUCCUUGGUUGCGGGCUUGGCGUUCGGUGGCCUUGCACUGAUAGGAGCCUACCAGACGUCGCAGGACCCUCACAACUACUACUUAUCCCUCGCCGUGUCUGGAUUGCUGGCUGGUCUGAUGGGUUACAGGUUUGCCAACUCGUCAAAGAUCAUGCCAGCAGGACUGGUUGCAGUUCUGAGCAUCGCCAUGUGCUGCAGAAUACUCUGCCGGGCCUUUUCGCCACCUGGUUCUCCAGCAGCGGCAGCACCACCAGUUGCAAAGCAGUGAUGCCUUCCCCCCCUCUUCAUUACUUCAUUAAAUGAAAAGUUGAUUGCAUUGAAGGGCUUCAAGAUUAUCCACCUUUUAUAUGAAAUAAAGACGCUGUCUGAAGGGUU